UGAACUUAAUCCGAACGACAAAGUGCAGAAAAGUGAAAAAUAUAUUUUUCAGUCAGAAAAUAUUUUGUUAGUAAGUAAAUCGUUUAAGCCGCCAAUAGCUUGAUUAAAGUAUUGGCACUUUAAUCAAGUGCGCCACUCGAUGGAUUUAUAAAAACUGAGUUUGACGGAACGACACAAGCAAAGGUAAUACAUAAAAUUAAAAAAAAAUGACCCAAUAUCUACCGCCAAAUCUAUUGGCGUUAUUCGCCUCACGCGACCCGAUACCGUUUAUGCCGCCGGUGGAUAAGUUGCCACAUGAAAAGAAAUCACGAGGCUACUUAGGCGUCGCCAAAUUCAUGAGCGACUUUGAGGACCCAAAGGACACACCUCUGCCCAAAACGGUAGAAACACGACAGGAGCGUCUCGAGCGUCGACGCCGCGAAAAGGCUGAGCAAGUGGCUUACAAGCUGGAACGUGAAAUUGCACUGUGGGAUCCAACCGAGAUAAAGAACGCAACCGAGGAUCCGUUUCGUACGCUAUUCAUAGCGCGCAUCAACUACGACACCUCCGAGUCAAAGUUGAGGCGCGAAUUUGAGUUUUAUGGUCCCAUCAAGAAGAUCGUGCUCAUCCAUGACCAGGACUCAGGUAAACCCAAGGGCUACGCCUUUAUUGAGUACGAGCACGAACGUGACAUGCACGCGGCGUACAAGCACGCGGAUGGUAAGAAGAUAGACAGCAAGCGUGUCCUGGUGGAUGUUGAGCGAGCCCGCACCGUCAAGGGUUGGCUGCCACGGCGACUAGGUGGUGGCUUAGGCGGCACACGACGAGGUGGCAACGAUGUCAAUAUCAAGCACUCCGGCCGCGAGGACAAUGAGCGUGAGCGCGAACGCUAUCGUUUAGAGCGUGAGCGUGAAGAUCGCGAGGGUGUACGUGGUGGUGGCGCCAGCAAUGGUGUUGACUUACGCGGCGGACGCGCUGCUUACGGCGGGGCUGUCGGCGGCGAGAGGCGUCGCUCGCGUUCCCGAGAUCGCAGGGAACGUGAUCGUGACCGUGGCGGACGAGGUGUCGGUCGCUCACGGAGUCGUUCACGCGAACGCCGAAAGCGUCGUGCCGGCAGCAGGGAUCGUGACUACGACGAUUUCGAUGGACGACGCGAUCGGCGGGACAGGGAGCGUGAUCGUGAGCGCGAAAAGAAAAAGAAGCGUUCCAAGUCUCGCGAGCGUGAAUCAUCGCGUGAGCGAAGGGAUCGUAAGCGUGAGCGACGUGAUCGUGAACGGGGAGCUGCUGAUCGCAGCGGUGGAGGCGGCGGAGAUCGUGAUGUUAAGGAACGUAAACCCGAUUUCCGUGAAAUGGAUAUGGUUAAGAUUAAGGAGGAGCCCAUCGAUGACGGUUAUCCCACAUAUUCCAUUAAUGACUAUCAAAACACGGCCAUUAAACGCGAGCUGGACGAUGAGAAUGAGGAAAAGUAUCGGCCGCCAACUGCACAUCACAAUAUGUUCAGUGUGCCCCCACCCCCGAUACUUGCACGAAGCAGCAGCAGUAGCAGCAAUAACAACCCUGAUAAUGGUGGGCAAAAUGCAGGCGAUCAGUCCUGGUGGCGCCAAUGAAUUCCAGUCGUCGAUAUGCAUUGGUAAUCGAUCGAUAACUGUAACAACUUUCAGAGUUUUUUUGUGUAAUAACAAACAAUCUUGCUGCUGCAUACUAGGUAAUAACUACAAUAUAACUAUUAGAGCUGUAUAGCAAUCGAAUGACAUUUUAGUAUCGAUUGUUUUUAAAAUUAUUUAUUCAAUUGAAAAUUCAUGGCGUAAACAGUCAGUGGGACAGUGGAUGCAGUUCGGAAUCAACGAAGCGUAAGACAUUUAAUUGCUGUAAGUCCGACUUAAGCUGGGAGCACUUUUUUUCAAAUUCCUUUUAAAGUUAUGAAUACAAAACAAUAAGAAAAAAAAAACACAAAAAAACAAACAAAAAGCAAAACAGACACAAAACCGUAAAUCAACAAGAAAAUAAUUGUGCAUAGCUUAAAUACGUUUAAAUAUGUAAGUAAAUCUUAACAAUUGAAAUGAAGAGUAAGUAAAAAUAAAUCCGAUCAACAUGUGUGUUUGUUUCCCCACCUUUGGUAAGGGGGUUAAAGGGAAUCCUUUGGUGUCAAUGAGGACCCGGAUGAUGAUAUACAGGUUUAUUGGUUUAAUUCACAAAUUGAAGUGUUAAAAACAACCGACUUUAAAAACUUUGCACUAACUCGUGCCAUUUUAUUUUCUUUAUCUUGCAGUUUUCAAUAUUGAAACUCUUAAUAUUCGCAUAUUAAGAGUGUGUGACAAGACAGAGCAUAAGUAUAAAAAAAUAAUAAAAAAUAAUAAUAAUUAGUUCUGCAAAAGCCAAAAUGCUACUCCUAGAGUAUUCAAUACCUGACCCAUUUUAAAAUAAAUACAGGUAAAUCCGUUUUUACACAAAUCUCACUAAUCCAUGCCUGUUUACCGUUCUAGGCCAACACUAGAAACGUGGCCAACACGCCAGCUCAGCUUAUUCAAUUGGUGUCACAUACCUCUGUCCAAUAUCCAUGGGUCUGAGAGUAAGUUCCAAAUCGGGCAAUUCUUUUAAAAUAUGCUACAUACUGCAACUGAAGAUUGUAAGUUAUUUUUGGGCUGGUUUCUGGUAAGAUAUUUGCCCCAACUGAGUUUUUCAAGUACCGACAAAAUCAAAGAAUAUAUAUAUAUUUAAGAAAUAUUCUAUAUUCUUUAAUGGUAUGAUGGUGAGGCAUGCCCAUGGAAUGGUGACAUAUGGUGUUUAUUAAUCAAACUUACAUAUUCAAGUUGAAUAUUGUGUGUAAUCAAUUUUUGAUUUCCGAUUUAUUUCAAGAACGCUUGGUGAUUGUUUGUGUGUAAGGAAACCACACCAUGGAAUAUCAAAUUUCAAAAACAUCGCUAAGGUUUGUUUAUUGGUUCUUUUUGGUUGGCGCCUAUAACUGGUAAGGGUCCCCCUAAAGGGUUAAUUUUUUAAAGCUGUAGCUUAUGGGUAAAUUGGAUGUCAUCGUGUUCUUGUUGUUCCUAUGGAAAAGGUCGCUUAAUUCCCAAUAUAUCUUGAUCUCUUCAUCUAUUUAUUAAUGUUUAAUUGCACAUUAAAAUGAUAUGCUUCUGAGGAAAGUGUCAAUAACAGAAAACUAAAAUCAAGUUAAAUAAUGGAACUUUCCCAUUAAAUAUAUAUGAGCUGGUACGUACUUGUUGGUCGUCAGUUAAGAAGAGUUCAUACAAUUGACCAUUUUAAAUAAAGUACAUGUUUUAAUAAACUAAAA